AUGGACCAGGGACUCAAGCCGGGGAGAACCCAGUUCUUCAGAUUCUCUUCUAUCGUCUCUGUCGAACUUCUUGCUGCCCCUAUUAUCCCCAUUUUUGUUUUUGAUGGUGCAGGCCAGCCGUCGCAAAAGCGGGGCAAGAAUGUCAAGAAAAAACCUCACUGGCUUUCUGGGCGCUUUCAGCUAUUCAUUGAGGCAUUCGGGUUUUCAUGGUACACGGCGCCGGGUGAGGCUGAAGCCGAACUUGCAAUGCUGAACAUGAUGGGCAUGAUUGAUGCUAUCAUCUCCGAGGACAGCGAUUGUCUGGUCUUCGGCGGUCUGUGUGUUAUUCGCCUUCAAAACACCAAGGACGCUGGUGACCAGGUCACUAUCAUCACCGCUGAUGCCGCCAGAUCGCACACUCGUGUUUCACUGACUCGAGAGGAGUAUGCCUCUAGGGACUCGGCUGCCUUGGAGCUACCCAAGGGGAAGCUGGUAGACUUCCUGGCUGAUUGGCGAGAGGAUUUCAAGCUGCUCUUGGCUGAUGAUCCAAUGGGAUUGCUGGGACAAAGAUACCCCGCUUUAGUGAAGGCUGUUGGCAACACGUUUCCAUCUGCCGAUGUUGUCGCUCUAUAUGCACAGCCAGUGACUUCAUGGUCCUGUGGAAGGGCUCCAGACACCUCAAAUUGGACUUUGCGCCUGCCCGAUCUUCGUCGCAUUGGAGCACUGUCCGAAAAAUUGUUUUCCUUGGCAUCACAGGACAACAUAUUUUCGACAUUUUCAAGCAAUGUCUGGGAGGGAAUUCUCGUUCGUGACCUGCUUAAGAGAGCUGUCAACCCAGACCCUACACCCGGAUACACCAACAACGGGUUUUAUUCCGGUCACAUUCUCAAAAUCCGAGGCAUCAAGCUUGGUCCGGGUCCGACGCGCUAUCAUCCUGAUGUCCCUGGCUUCUGUCUUUCAGUAUCGGCACAUAUGCUCGCCCACGACACCAUCUUGGCACUACCCAACGAUUGCAACAAGCCCGAAUGCCCACCAGGCCUUCAGGUCAUGAAUGCCUGGGUGCCUCUCCAGAUCCUGGAGACAGCCUUGCUGGCCCUUGUCCAACAUUACUUCACUGCUCAUCCAACAGCAGUUAUUGUUCAACAUUGGACAUCGAUUUUACCAGAUGUAGCUGUCCCUGGUGAUGAUGACAACGACACAAGCUCGGUCUCAUCAACGCCACUAAGCUCAGGUUCAGAUACAGAGAUCCCUGUGGCAGGACCCUCAGACACCCACGGCUCCUCAUCUCACAAUGCCAUCGUUAUUAUGGACGACAAUGAAGAUGGGGACGUAGAUUCUGACAGUGAUCUUCCCUUUUCACCGUUUGUUGAAAGCUCGUCACACACCACUGGCCGUCGUCAGAGCCCAACAAUAUUCCUUGGUAUGAUUGACUUGUGCACACCCUCUCCCUCUCCUUAG